AUGCCGAAGAAUAGCAAGGUGGUAAAAAGAGAAUUAGACGAUGAGGUUAUUGAGUCUGUCAAAGACCUUCUUUCCAAUGAAGACUCAGCUGAUGAUGCUUUUAAGAAGAGUGAACUAAUUGUUGAUGUCCCAGAAGAGAAAGACACAGAUGUUGUAGAAAGAUCUGAAGUCAAAGAUGAAAGACCAGCUUGGAACAGCAAGCUACAAUACAUCCUGGCCCAGGUUGGAUUUUCUGUAGGAUUAGGGAAUGUGUGGCGGUUCCCAUACCUCUGUCAGAAGAACGGGGGCGGUGCCUAUCUUUUGCCAUAUUUAAUACUACUCCUGGUAAUAGGUAUUCCUCUUUUCUUCCUGGAACUUUCUGUGGGUCAGAGAAUUCGGCGAGGAAGCAUUGGUGUGUGGAAUUACAUAAGUCCUCAACUGGGAGGGAUUGGAUUUGCAAGUUGUGUUGUAUGCUUUUUUGUGGCUCUCUACUACAAUGUCAUCAUUGGCUGGAGUCUGUUUUAUUUUUCUCAAUCUUUUCAGCAGCCUCUGCCUUGGGAUCAGUGUCCUUUGGUGAAGAAUGCUUCACACACUUUUGUAGAGCCAGAAUGUGAAAAAAGUUCCGCCACUACCUAUUAUUGGUACAGAGAAGCACUGAAUAUUUCCAGCUCCAUUUCUGAAAGUGGUGGCUUAAACUGGAAGAUGACCAUCUGCUUGCUGGCUGCCUGGGUUGUGGUGUGCUUGGCUAUGAUCAAAGGCAUUCAGUCUUCUGGAAAAAUCAUGUAUUUUAGUUCUCUGUUCCCGUAUGUGGUACUUAUAUGCUUCCUAAUCAGAGCACUCCUUUUAAAUGGUUCAGUUGAUGGCAUCCGUCACAUGUUUACCCCUGAGCUUGAAAUCAUGCUGGAGCCGAAGGUGUGGAGAGAAGCUGCAGCUCAGGUGUUUUUUGCCUUAGGUCUGGGAUUCGGUGGCGUCAUCGCCUUUUCAAGCUACAACAAGAGAGACAACAACUGCCACUUUGAUGCUGUCCUGGUGUCUUUCAUCAAUUUUUUUACUUCUAUCCUGGCAACACUGGUGGUGUUUGCAGUUCUGGGCUUCAAAGCAAAUGUCAUAAAUGAGAAAUGCAUUGCAGAAAAUUCGGAAAUGAUCAUAAAACUUGUGAAAAUGGGAAACAUUAGUCAAGAUAUUAUUCCCCAUCAUAUCAACUUUUCAGCUAUUACUGCAGAAGAUUAUGACUUAGUUUAUGACAUCAUUCAAAAAGUGAAAGAAGAAGAGUUUCCUGAGCUUCAUCUUAACGCCUGUCAAAUUGAAGAUGAGCUCAAUAAAGCUGUUCAGGGGACUGGUUUAGCUUUUAUUGCCUUUACAGAAGCGAUGACACAUUUCCCUGCAUCUCCCUUCUGGUCAGUGAUGUUCUUCCUCAUGCUGGUAAAUCUAGGGCUUGGCAGCAUGUUUGGAACCAUUGAAGGGAUCAUCACACCCGUUGUGGACACUUUCAAAGUGAGGAAAGAAAUCCUCACCGUUAUCUGCUGUCUUCUGGCAUUUUGUAUUGGCCUGAUAUUUGUGCAGCGCUCUGGAAACUACUUUGUUACAAUGUUUGAUGACUAUUCUGCAACCCUACCUCUGCUAAUUGUUGUCAUUUUGGAGAAUAUUGCUGUAUCCUUUGUUUAUGGCAUAGAUAAGUUUAUGGAAGACCUAAAGGAUAUGCUGGGCUUUGCUCCCAAUAGAUAUUACUACUAUAUGUGGAAAUAUAUAUCUCCUCUAAUGCUGUUAUCACUGCUAAUUGCUAGCAUUGUGAAUAUGGGAUUAAGUCCUCCUGGCUAUAACGCAUGGAUGGAAGAUAAGGCAUCUGAGAAAUUUCUGAGCUACCCAACGUGGGGGAUGGUCACCUGUAUCUCCCUGAUGGUCCUGGCAGUAUUGCCCAUCCCGGUUGUCUUCAUCAUCCGCCGCUGCAACCUGAUAGAUGAUAGUUCUGGUAAUUUAGCAUCUGUGACCUAUAAGAGAGGAAGGGUCCUGAAGGAGCCCAUAAACUUAGAGGGAGAUGAUGCAAGCCUCAUUCAUGGCAAGAUAUCAAGCGAGAUGUCCUCUCCAAAUUUCGGUAAAAAUAUUUAUCGAAAACAGAGUGGAUCGCCAACUCUGGAUACAGCUCCCAACGGACGCUAUGGGAUAGGGUACUUGAUGGCCGACAUGCCAGACAUGCCGGAAUCUGACUUGUAG